AUGCAGCCCUGGGUCGAAAAGUAUCGCCCUAGGCGCGUGAAGGAUGUCGUGCACCACGAUCACUUGAAACGGGUCUUAAAGGGAGCGGAGAAAACUGGCGAUCUUCCUCAUUUGCUUUUCCACGGUCCCCCGGGAACAGGCAAGACGUCAACCAUUCUGGCGCUGGCCCGAACGCUGUUGGGAGAAGAGAACAUGAGAGAACGCGUGCUCGAGCUGAACGCUUCCGACGAACGCGGGUUGGACGUCGUGCGCGACAAGAUCAAGACUUUCUGCAAGAUGUCGAUCUCGUCGUUCCAACCCGGCUGUCCGCCGUUCAAGCUCGUGAUCUUGGACGAAGCGGACACCAUGACAGCCGACGCACAGUCCGCUCUCCGCCGAACGAUGGAGACGCAGGCCGUUGUGACGCGCUUUUGCCUGGUGUGCAACUAUGUGUCGAAGAUCAUCGCCCCGCUGGCUUCUCGGUGCGCCAAGUUUCGAUUCAGCACCCUCACUCCCGAGUCGAUGAAGGGGAGGUUGCUCUACAUCUGCGAACGCGAAAACAUCAUCUUCGAAAACUGCAGCCGGGGCGUCUUGGACGCGAUCGUCAAGAGCUCCAGAGGCGACAUGCGAAGUGCUGUCAACCUGCUGCAGACGGUGUCGCAGCAGCAGCAUCGCGUGACGCCGGAAUCCGUCGUAGAGGUUGCGGGCGAGGUGCCCGAACGCGCCUUCGACACUCUGUGGUCGGCGGUGACUUCACCGUCGCAUCUUGAGCAUUUUGAGGACGUGGUGGAUGCUGUGUCAACCUUCGUCGGGGAGGGCUACCCCGUGGGAAAAGUGUUGUCGGAGAUCCAGAGCAGGGUCGUGCAGUCGGGAGAACUCGAGAAUGCCGACAAGGCUGUCAUCUGCCUGGAGUUGAUGGAAACGGAUCGGUGCCUGAACGAUGGCGCAGACGAGGAGCUGCAGUUGCUGAAUAUUUGUCUUGUCGUUCAGAGUGCGCUUUAA